AUGUUACGGCGCCUGGUGAUGGAGUGCAGAAGACACGCGAAGUGCCGCUGCCUGGAGGUCACCAGGGCGCGUCUGGAGCUGGCGCUGAACGCGGCAGCAUGCGAACCGCUAGCCGAGCGCAAGCGAGGUGCUGGUCGGCCACCCAGCAGCUCCUCGCAUCCAUCAUCCCCACCAGCUGGCUUGGUGUCAGCAGAGUCUUCGCGGGUACAGCAAUCGGCACCCGCCACUGGUGGAGUACGCCGCAUGCGUUGGACAAUGCAGAUGAAUAGCAACGCAUUGCUGGCGUGUUUUGCGGUGCAAGGGAGAGAAAUUGGAGGUUUUGCCAAUCGGGCUAGGAUGCAUCGACAUUUUGCUGACCUGGAGCCAUCUAUAACCGUCACCAAGCAAAACCUGGCAGACCAAGUUCGCUAUAUCUUGCGCUCAAAUAUAUUUGAUGUCGCCGAACUCGAACGGCUACGACGUGAGGCUGUUCCCUCAUUGGGCAAAAAUGCUAUUUCUGAGGUUGCGGGGCCAUAA